AGCUCCGGGUUAUCGGGUAUGUGAUAUCGGAUCCAAACUAGAAUCCGAUAGCUAAAACCCUUCUUAUCCCCUGCUUCUUAAUUCUUAUCCAUUUCUCUUUUUCCGUCUCCGUUGGAGAGAGCGUCUCCAAUGGCGUUGCUGCUAUUCUCUACGCCCAAAUUCCCAUCUUUUACGCCUCCUUCCUCUCCGAGACCUCUCCAGAGAGUCCUCACAGUACGAGCUGUGUCCACGUCGGGGCGGAAGAGCAGGAAGAAGAAGCAGUCGAGAGAUGAGGAGUCUCCCUCUUCUUUUUCUCCCUAUACGAGUGCUGCUGUCUCUGCGAUGGAGAAAGGGCUGAGGUUCACGUUCAUGGAGGAAUUGAUGCUACGAGCGCGGAAUCGCGACUCUGCGGGAGUUUCAAGCGUUAUCUAUGACAUGAUUGCCGCGGGGCUCACUCCCGGGCCGCGUUCUUUCCACGGUCUCAUUGUCUCCCACGCUCUUGACGGCGAUGAGGAGGGCGCGAUGCACUCAUUGCGGAGGGAGUUGAGUGCAGGACUGCGUCCUCUUCAUGAGACUUUUGUUGCUCUUGUUCGGUUGUUUGGAUCCAAAGGUCUUGCAGUCAGGGGAAUGGAAAUUCUUGCUGCCAUGGAAAAGCUGAAGUUUGAUAUUCGCAAGGCUUGGCUAGUUCUAGUGGAGGAAUUGGUCAGGCACCGAUAUUUGGCAGAGGCCAAUAGUGUGUUUCUAAAGGGAGCUCAAGGAGGAUUGAAAGCUACUGAUGAAAUUUAUGAUCUUUUAAUUGAGGAAGAUUGUAAAGCUGGUGAUCAUUCAAAUGCUCUUACAAUUGCUUAUGAAAUGGAGUCUGCAGGGAGAAUGGCAACCACAUUUCAUUUUAAUUGUCUUCUUAGUGUACAGGCUACUUGUGGAAUACCGGAAAUAGCUUUUACCACUUUUGAGAACAUGGAAUAUGGUGGUGAAGAUUUUAUGAAACCUGAUACAGACACUUAUAAUUGGGUGAUCCAGGCAUACACUAGGGCUGAAUCCUAUGACAGGGUACAAGAUGUGGCUGAGUUACUGGGAAUGAUGGUUGAAGAUCACAAACGUUUGCAACCCAAUGUGAAAACCUAUGCGGUGCUGGUGGAAUGCUUUACCAAAUAUUGUGUUGUCAAUGAAGCAAUCCGUCAUUUUCGUGCCCUUAAGAACUUUCCUGGGGGCACAACAGUUCUGCAUAAUGAAGGAAACUUUGGAGAUCCACUCUCUCUGUAUCUUCGAGCUUUGUGUCGGGAAGGAAGGAUAGUGGAGAUGCUUGAAGCUUUAGAAGCAAUGGCUGAAGACAAGCAACCUAUUCCACCUAGAGCAAUGAUUUUGAGCAGAAAAUAUCGUUCACUUGUAAGCUCGUGGAUAGAGCCUAUGCAAGAAGAAGCUGAUAUUGGGAAAGAAAUUGAUUACAUUGCCAGAUAUAUUGAGGAAGGAGGGCUCACAGGAGAUCGCAAAAGGUGGGUUCCACGGCAAGGGAAAACACCACUAGACCCUGAUGCUGCUGGAUUUGCUUAUUCAAAUCCAAUUGAAAAUUCUUUCAAACAACGUUGUCUUGAAGAAGUGAAGAUCUACCAUCGUAAACUCCUGCAGACUUUAAGGAAUGAAGGACCUUCUAUUUUAGGUGAUGUAUCAGAAGAUGAUGUUAUUCGAGUGGUGGAGAGACUAAAAAAGAUUAUUAAAGGACCUAACAAUAAUGUAUUAAAACCUAAGGCUGCUAGCAAAAUGGUAGUCUCCGAGUUAAAAGAAGAAUUAGAAGCACAAGGAUUGCCUAUUGAUGGGACUAGACAAGUUUUAUACCAACGAGUGCAAAAAGCGCGAAGGAUAAACCGAUCACGUGGUAGACCACUUUGGGUUCCUCCUGUGGAAGAGGAAGAAGAAGAGGUAGAUGAAGAAUUAGAUGAACUAAUAUCACGGAUUAAACUUGAAGAUGGGAAUACAGAGUUCUGGAAAAGCCGUUUCCUUGGUGAAGGCUUAAAUAAUGUUCCUAAUAACCAAACUGAAGUAGAAAAUUCUGAUUCAUCAGAUAUGUUGGAUGAUGAUGGUGAUGAAGGGGAGGAUGCCUCUAAAGAAACAGAAGAUGAUGAGGUAGAUGAAGAGGAAGAAGUUGAACAACAGGAGGAAGAAGUCGAACAAACUGAAAACCAAGCUGUUGAUAGUAUUAAAGACAAGGAAGCUCAAAGAUUGAAGCCUCUUCAAAUGAUUGGAGUUCAGUUGUUAAAGGAUUUUGACCCAACAGCUACUUCUUCAAGCAAAUCACGAAGGAGAACUCCCCGUGUAUCACCUGAGGAGGAUGAAGAUGAUGACUGGUUCCCACUGGAUCCAUAUGAGGCUUUUAAGGAGAUGAGAGAGAGAAGAAUCUUUGAUGUGUCAGAUAUGUACACCAUUGCUGAUGCAUGGGGAUGGACUUGGGAGAAAGAGUUGAAGAAGAGAGUUCCAAGGAAAUGGUCACAAGAAUGGGAGGCUGAGUUGGCUAUCAAAGUUAUGCACAAGGUGAUCGAAUUGGAUGGGAAACCAACCAUUGAGGACUGCGCUAUGGUACUUCGUGCUGCUAUAAGAGCUCCUCUGCCUUCGGCUUUUUUGGUAAUCUUGCGUACAACGCAUGGACUUGGUUAUAUUUUUGGAAGCCGCUUGUACGAUGAGGUGAUCACGCUUUGCCUUGAUCUUGGAGAACUAGAUGCGGCCGUUGCAAUUGUUGCGGAUAUGGAAACAAGUGGAAUCACAGUUCCAGAUGAGACACUCGACAAAGUUCUCUCUGCAAAACAGAAUGGAGAUUCAAACCCAGAAGAUUCCUCCUGACAGUCCGAAUAACUUCAUUUUUCGCCUCCGGUUCAGGAGAAACAUAAUCUGAAACAUUGUUACUUCAUUCUCCUCACAUUUUAGCGCUGCAAUGUAGCCUUGGCUGAAGGAGAAGAACAAAGAGUUGAAGAUCAAGCUUUUCUCGGAAAUUAGCAUGGUUUGUGAAGAGGUUAAGUUCUUUGAUUGACGAUGUUCAUGCAUGAUCGAUUUCAAAGACACAUUCUUGUAUCAGGUACUAAACAUAACUUUAUUUGAAAUACUAAUUUUGAUCUCUUGUGUAUGUCA